GGUGGUGAGGGCGCCGAGCUGCGGGGACUCGUAACCAGGGCGACGGGGGCGGGGCGCUGGUCCUACGCCGCCGGGUGCUCACCUGGAUUGCGCGUCCACUUGGCGAGUUCAGCGUCAGGUCCCAGAGGGUCCCCAGCAAAAACUCCUGUAUAUCCUGGCUCUUCCCUGACCACUUUGGAGCAGGUCCUCAGACCCAUGUGAGAGGCUGCCUCCCAGGCUAUAGUCCUCAUUGGAAUGAAAUCAGAUAGUCCAUUAUUUCGGGCUCUCUGGUUGGAAAUAACAGAAUAGCCUAGACGAAGGGAAACCCCACCAAAUCCAAGACAGAAGGAGUAGAACCAAAUGCUGGGACCCGGCAGCCCAGCCCCAGUCCUGCUCUUCUCUACACAGCGCGUCCUCUGCUCCCCAGCCCACGGCAGCCUCCCGCCUGCCCUCCGCUUCCGCGUUCUUGGCCUCUGUGCUAAUGGGAUUCUGGCCCCCGAGACAGAGAAUCACUGCAAUUUUGGCAGGUUGAAGAUGGAAGAACCACAAGAGAUUUUCUCCAUGAAUGAUGGCCACGCAAGUGAUAGAGUCGUGGAAAAAUACCUGGUGGAUUCCAAGAAGUCCGCAUCCCACGUUCAGCUCGCCUGCAGUGGGCAGUCCUGUGCUUUCCCCUUAGAUGGAAACGAGCUUUGUGUACGGGACACCAAGCAACCUCCUCACCAGCUGCUAAUCCUAAGAGGACACCAUCAGCCAAUCACCGCUGUGGCAUUUGGAAAUAAAGUGAGUCCGCUUCUCAUCUGUUCUGCAUCACAAGAUUAUGUCAUAAUGUGGAACCUGGAUGAAUGCAGACAGAAAAUGCUUCAAGCUCCUGUGUCUUAUCGACUCCUCCGCUGUAUUUCUGACUUGUUAAGGAAAAAAGUACUAAGCCGCCUACUCAGAAACAAUCUGGGAUCGUCAUUUAUGACCCAGCAAUCCCAGGUUUAUAAUCUUUUUGCAACCACAGCCAUUGGUGAUGGGAUAAAACUCUGGGACCUGAGAACCCUGAGGUGUGAGAGCCGUUCUGAAGGACAUCCAAAGUGCUGCUACCCGUGUGGAAUUGCUUUUAGCGCUUGCGGCCGAUAUGUGGCUUGUGAUGAGGAUAAGCAUGUAGGUGCUGCUGUGGCGUACGUGUACAAAACCAGCUCCAGCGCUUUCUGCUGCAGACUGGCAGGACACAUGGACCCGGUCACGGCCGUGGCCUUCAGCCCGGCCACUGCCCAGUGUAUAACUUAUGCCAGCCCACCUUCAAGUGAUAUUAUCCCACUUUGUCUACAGUAAGAACCUUACAGCUUGCUCAGCAACCGUCUGACUCAGGUGAGUAACACCAUCCGGGGAAGGAGCGCCGCUUGGCGGGGGCUGCAAGCUGCUGUGUGCUCCUGCUUAUUAUCGCCUCUGUCGUGUGUUCCCUGGGGCGUUGACCCAAAGAUCACGGCUGCCAUAACAAUCCAACACUCUCCCCAGAGCAGUGUGAUCAAGGCCAUCUGUCUAGUGACUAACCAUAACGGCCUUAAAUGACUGUUAAUGUGGGGAGGGUUCUCCACGCCUUGAGGCCAAGGAGAACUAAAGAGGAGGAUUGGAUGGCAAGGCUAUUGUCAUGGUCCAAGGAGAGGCUCUGGGCUAAAGGACAUGAGGACAGGAUUCCGUAGGUGAGGAGGACGAGAGACCUCUGCCUUCAACCUCUGAGUCGGUGAGUUGUGCCCGGACUACGUGUCCUAACCCGGAAGAGUGAAGUAACCUUGCACCCAGAAACCAAUGGCACCACCCCUGACCCAGUGGGAUAUUAUGGAUCCAAUCCCUGGUGUGAUGUUGCUAAAAAAAUAAUGGACAAAUAUAAAUGUCCGGAACACCUGGUGCCAGCACUUCCUAUGAACCCUGAGGAGGUGCAUCAGCUCCUUGACAAACGCAAAACACCAUGGAAGGCUCCUGGGUGUCGCUCUGUGCCGUGCACACCAAUGUGCCAAGACUCUGGAUUAGGUCCCAGAGGCCUGGCGGCCUUUCCCAAAGACUCUCUGCAUUGCCCUAUGGAGGCAGACCCCAGUCCCGGAGAGGUGUCUUGGGACACCCCGGAGAGGAAAGAGGCCGCCUAUGAAGAGGGCUCACAGUGACGUCAUCCCGAAUGUUCCAGUGGCAACACAGAAGAUUCAGGU